AUGAAGCGCAAGUUGGAUGCUAACGAUGUUCCCUCCCCCGAAGUUGCGGAGACUAAGGAGACCUCCGAUGCGGACGAGGCCGACUUUGAAAGCCUCAACCUGGAUCCGCGACUGCGCCAAGCCUUGAUCAAAGAGAAGUUCACCAAGCCUACGCCCGUCCAGGCCAAGGCUAUUCCUCUGGCGCUCGCAGGCAAAGAUAUCCUUGCUCGUGCAAAGACCGGCUCCGGAAAGACCGCCGCAUAUGUCCUCCCUAUUCUUCAGACCAUUCUUCAGAAGAAAGCUGCCGACCCCUCGUUGAAAGCCACCACUGGCCUCAUCCUCGUCCCCACUCGAGAGCUUGCAGAACAGGUCCAAAAAGUCGUCACCACAUUCGCUGCUUUCUGCGGAAAGGAUGUCCGCUCUGUGAACUUGACUCAGAAGGUUUCCGAGGCCGUACAGCGGACUAUGCUCUCUGACUACCCUGAUAUCGUCAUCUCCACCCCCGCUCGUGUGAUUGCCAACCUCGGAAACUCCUCUCUUUCGCUGGAUAACCUGACGCACCUCGUUAUCGACGAAGCCGACUUGGUCCUUUCAUACGGAUACGAUGAAGACAUCAAUGCGCUUUCCAAGGCGAUCCCCCGUGGCGUACAGACCUUCCUCAUGAGUGCUACGCUCACCUCGGAAGUGGAUACCUUGAAGGGAUUGUUCUGUCGCAGCCCUGUUGUGCUGAAGUUGGAGGAUAAGGAGGAGAAAGGCGCCGGUGUUAGCCAGUUUGUCGUCAAAUGCGCAGAGGAUGAGAAAUUCCUCCUGACAUAUGUUAUUUUCAAGCUUCAGCUCAUCAAGGGCAAAGUCAUCAUAUUCGUCGGAGACAUCGACCGUUGCUAUCGCCUCAAGCUUUUCCUGGAACAAUUCGGCGUCAAGAGCUGUGUGCUCAACUCUGAGUUGCCAGUGAACUCCCGAAUCCACGUCGUCCAGGAGUUCAACAAGGGUGUUUACGACAUCAUCAUUGCUGCAGAUGACCAAGAAGUCCUCGGAUCUAAGUCUAAGAAGGCCAAGAAUGCCGGUGCCGAUGAGGAGGAGGAAGCUGCUGGUGUCAUGGGCUCGAGUGAUGACGAAGAGGCUGAAGACGACAAGAAGUCGAAUCGUCCCGAUAAGCGCCGCAAGCUUACCGCGAAAGAAAAGGACUAUGGUAUCUCUCGUGGUAUCGACUUCCAGAACGUGGCCUGCGUCUUGAACUUUGACCUCCCCACAACCGCCAAAUCCUACACACACCGCAUUGGACGAACCGGCCGUGGCGGCAAGACCGGCAUGGCGCUCUCGUUCGUCGUCCCGGCAGACCAGUACGGAAAGCACAAACCCACUUCCUUCCCCACCGCCAAACAUGAUGAAGCCGUCCUGGCCAAGAUCGUCAAACGACAAUCCAAACAUGGCCACGAAGUCAAGCCCUACCACUUUGAGAUGAGUCAAGUCGACGCCUUCCGCUACCGUAUGACCGACGGUCUUCGCGCCAUCACCCGACUUGCCGUUCAGGAAGCCCGUGCUCGUGAGAUCCGUCAGGAGCUGGUCAAGAGCGAGAAACUGAAGCGCCACUUCGAAGACAACCCCGAUGAGCUGCGCCAGCUCCGUCACGAUGGCGAGUUGCGCUCCGCACGUAUCCAACCCCACCUCAAACACAUCCCCGAAUACCUGAUGCCGUCCAAGGGUCGCAAGGGCAUUUCCAGUGAGGACGUCGGCUUCGUUGGGUUCCGGAAAUCCAGCGACAACCGUAUCCGCAAGGCUAGAGAUAAGAACCGCGCCAAGGGCAAGGGCCGCAAGCCGUCAGGUGUUAGAAAGGUUGAUCCGUUGAAGACGUUCAAUCGGGGUCGGAAAUAG